AUGAAGCACAUCUUCAGCAACAAGGAGUUGAAGGACGAGAAGCGAAAACGGCGUGAAAUUGUUGCCAGCGGCCUUGUCUCAAAGCCUGAGGUACUCAGUCUUUUGCCUUCGUCAGCGGACCAAGUCGAAAGCUCAUUGAAGUUGACGGACGAGGAGUUGGCUAGGCAGUUUGAAUUGAUGCUUGAGGACAUGAACCUCAGCGACGAACAGCGUCAGCCGCUGCGGGCUCGGGAUCGGUCCACCAAGAUCUCGAUGCUUCAAGCCUACGAGGCGAGUUUCUCGUCAAAUCGCGACAAUCCAGAGGGCUACUGUAAGACCUUGAACACGCCUAGUCAGCUCAGCGAGAAACAGUUGCUAAAGACGCUUGACUCUUUGCGCGUUGGACUUUCAAGCAAUGGAGUUCGCUGGGUGAAAGAAUUUCUGGCUGCCGACGGUCUCAACACCCUUCUCCGGCUUUUGGCUCUUUCGCUUUCCGGCUACAUUCAUGGCGCAGCGCUGCACUGCAUCCGGUGCAUCCGGGCGCUGGGCAACUCGGGCGUUGGCAUGAAUGGCCUCAUCGACCACGACACCGCGUCCACGUUCAUAGCACGCUGCCUCAACCUGGAACAGCCGGCUAUGAUGGAAUGCGCUGUUGAGCUGCUUUCCACGAUCGCCAUCUACAAAUCGGAUGGUCAUAGAAAGGUAGUGGAGGGGCUGACGUUCAGUGCGGAGCUGUCCAACUGUCCCGGGGAGCGAUUCGCACCUCUUGUUCGUGGUCUUUCUGUUCCUGAAUUGGCUCGUGCCUCCCUGCAGUUUAUCAAUGCCUUGGUGAAUCGGAGUGAUGUAAUCGACUACCGCAUCCACCUGCGCUAUGAGUUGAAUAAAUUGGGUAUCGGGUCUAAUCUACAAGAGCUGGCCGGCUCGUCAGAUGCUGAUAUUGUAAACCAUGUUGAACUAUAUCGUUCACGUAUGGAACAAGAUUUGGACGAUCUCUACGAGCGUCUGGAUGCCGCUAAGCACGAUCUUGAGGACCCCAGUCAAGUGUUCCAUCUUCUUCACAAGACUUUGGCUAGCACAACCUCAGAGCGCUAUUUCUUAUCCAUUCUGCAGCAUUUGCUCUUUAUACGUGAUGAGCCCUAUCGACAGGCUUACUUCGUCCUUCUCGAAGAGCUGGUUGCCCAAGUUGUCAUCCAAAAUGACGGCACAGAUUUCGACCCAAGAACCAGCAUUCUCAAGCUGGAUAUUGAGGCCACUGUGAACCAGCUAACCGAGACAAUCCGACAGCACACCGGGACCACAAAUUUGGAAGAGCUUCAGCGAAAGCUAGACAUGGCUCUACAACAGAAGCAGGAGGCUGAAGCUAAACUGGAAACUAUGGAGAACAAAAUGAAGAUCAUCCAGGAGUCGGGUGGACAGUUGCCCAGUAGCCAUGGCAAGGUUGAGAUCCCUAAAGGUCUAGAACCCAUGAUAAAGCCACCCAUCGACCCCUCACAUCCUGCCCCCCCGCCUCCACCGCCACCUCCGCCGCCUCCACCGCCUCCUCCUCCGCCUCCGCCACCGCCACCGCCUCCACCGCCACCUCCGCCUCCCGGGGUUCCUCCUCCACCGCCCCCUCCUGGAGCUCACAAUUUGCCCAAAGACAUGUCAUUACAAUCGCAACAACUUCCUUUCGGCAUGGCUCCGCGCAGACAGUUUCGCCCUGAACAGCCUAUGAAGAAAGCCAACUGGGAAAAGGUUCCUGUGCGAAUGCUCACCAAGGAUUCAGUCUGGGUCGGUCUUAAAGAAGACCAGAUGGAACAUGCUGACCUCUUAGCUGAAUUGGCCACGAACUUUAGCACUCGGCCAGCUCGUCGCCUCGACGACGCUUCACUGGCAGCCGGUGAUGGCACCGACGCUGCUCCUGGAGAUGGAGUCGGUGGACGUCGCGUUAAACAAUUGCGCGUGCUCGAUGGUAAAACGGCCCAGAACCUCUCUAUCUUGCUUGGCUCCCUGAAAGUGCCCUACGACGAGUUGCGGCGUCGGAUCAUUACUAUCGACGAGUCGUUGCUCACCGUCAGUAUGCUGGAGCAAAUGAUUCGUGCCUUGCCAGAACCGAGUGUGAUUUCCCAGGUCUACGAGAUGCGCGAGGACAUCGAAAACUUAGCUGAGCCUGAGCAGUUUCUCUGCAAAGUUGGGAACAUUAAGAAGCUAUCGCAACGUCUUGAGGCUAUCCUCUUUAAAAUGCGUUUCGAAGAGAAAAUGAAUGAACUAAAACCUGAUGUUGUAGCUGCUAGUGAGGCUUUACAGGAGAUCCAGAGCAGCCGACAUUUACGCCGAAUACUCGAGCUGUUACUGUUGAUGGGGAACUACAUGAACGCUGGUUCCAAGAAUGCCCAAACUGUCGGAUUUGAUAUGAACUUUCUCACUAAACUGGAGGGAACCAAGGAUUCUACAAACGAACGCACGCUUCUCCACUUCCUGCUAGAGUGUCUCGAGAAGAAGUUUCCCUCCACCUUGUCUGAUUUUCCCAGUGAACUCUCCUACAUCGAACGCGCCAGCCGAGUUUCCAGCGAUAUGCUAGUUUCUGGGCUCGCUGAAACGAAAAAGUCAAUCUCUAACAUUGAGACCGAUUUGCGCACCUACAAAAGUCAAGGUAGUGAUGAUGAAUUUGCCAAUAUCAUGCGCGAUUUUGUUCUCUCGGCCAAAGAGAAGUUGGCUCUGUUGAACACAAUGUACGAGCGGAUGGUUGAACGCUUCGAUCAUGUUUCACGCUACCUGGCCUUCGACUCUCAGAAGUAUCACAUGGAGAACCUAUUCUCCGACUUAAACCUGUUCAGAUCAGCCUUCGUCCGUGGCAACGAGGAGAAUCAAAGGCGCCGACUGGCAUUGGAGAAAGCACGGCGCGCAACCGAAGAGCGUCUUCGUCGGGAGCGUGAGCGUCGAGAUAAAGAGGCCAGUCAGAGGGUUCGAACACCUUUGCCAGGGGAGGACGAAGGAAAUGUGAUUGACACAUUAAUGGAAGCACUGAAAACUGGGGCAGCAUUUGGUGGUGGCUUCUCGACUCCUAGUGAUAGAAUGCCUGCACGAAGGAUGCGAAACCGAGCUGCUGGGGCCGGCGGUGCUGCCACGGCGGGCGGAGCCGGCAGUGGAGAUGGUGGGGCUGGACCAGUUGCUAUAUCUUCAUUGCGUCGCCAGCAUAGUCGUACUAGAGCGCAAAACUAUAAUGCUGGCCCGCAAACUGUGGCCGAUUUUACGUAA